GUAACAUCAAGAUUAACAGCUGUCAAAAAAAAAAAAAAAAACAGUUGUUUUGGUCGAUUUGACAAGCUUUGCGUCAAGGGUGGCUAUGGUGGUGGUGAUUGUUCCCUGAGCUCUUCGCUUUCAAAGUACAUUUCCAGCAUCUAAAACUAUCGUGCGAACAAAUGCGUGGUUGUCAAUAGGAACUUCCUUUUCCCUCAAAUCAGAUGGCUUUUUUAUUUCAGAAAUUUCAAGAGGCCGUGAAAACCCUUGCAAAAAGUCCCACUUUUGCUUUUGCAAGGGAUCCAAGACAACUACAGUAUCAAAUUGAUCUUAAUCGUUUGUUCCUUUAUACAAGCUACAAUAGAUUGGGGAAGAAUGCUAGUGAAGCAGAUGCAGAAGAGAUUAUUGAAAUCGCCACCAAAGCCUCUGUUGCUGAUCAACAAAUGGUAGUACAAGAAAAUGUUCAUGCUCAAAUUAAAGCAUUUUGCACAUUUAUGGAUGCAGUUUUCCUUCCAAAUGAAAAGAAGGUGAAUGACGUCUCCUUCGAGUUAUCUCAACAAACAAAGAUUUUACCUCAACAUAGUGAUCUUAGAUCUGCCAAUGGUGUCCCGAAACAAAGAUUGAUAAGCCAAGUUGAACUAUCACAGAAACUAAAGGAUGAACUUGGUUACACGCUUAAUGUUAAACCUUCUCAAAUAUCUCACAAGGACGCUGGCCAAGGUCUAUUUUUAGAUGGUGUAGUAGAUGUUGGUGCUGUAGUAGCCUUUUAUCCUGGUGUAGUCUACUCUCCAGCGUAUUAUCAUCAUAUUCCUGGAUAUCUUGAUGAGCAGAACCCCUAUUUGAUUACAAGACAUGAUGGGAAUGUCAUUGACGCCCAACUUUGGGGUCGUGGAGGUGACAAGAAAGAACUGUGGAAUGGUAGAAAAAUGGUAGAUGAGAAAGGCUCUCAAGUAGAUAAUAGUGAUGAUGUACUCGAGCGCAGAAAUCCAUUAGCCCUAGCACAUUUUGCUAAUCACCCUUCAAAAGGAAUGCUUCCAAAUGUCAUGAUUUGCCCUUAUGACUUUCCAUUGAUUGAAAAUGACAUGAGAGCUUAUAUUCCUAAUGUAUUAUUUGGAAAUGCAGCAGAAGAAAAUACGGAAAGAUUUGGAAGUUUUUGGUUCAAAUCUAGAGUUCCAAGAAAUAACGAGUCACAUGUUCCUACUACCCUGAAAACUGUUGUUUUGGUAGCAACUAGGGCUCUUCAAGAUGAGGAACUUCUCCUGAACUACAGGCUGGGCAACACGAAGCGGUGUCCUGAAUGGUAUGCUCCAGUAGACGAAGAAGAGAUUAUAGAAGAGUGAAAUUAGUCAACAACUUGAUGAAAUCGCGGUGGCUAGAUGAAAUCAUUUAUUCUUUUCCAUUAUUUGUACAUCAUCUCAAAGUUGUUAGAAUAAGUUCAUGUCUUUUAUGUGAUUGAUGAAGCAUGAUAUAGGACCAAAUUUUGAAGUUUUGAUUUUGGUUAUUUACUUAUUUUAGAUGUCAAAAUCCACAUCUAACAUUAUUAUUAAACUAAACAAAUCAAGGUAGCAUUUGGUAGAAGUGUUUGAGAAGAAAAGUGGAGAUGACAUGAGUUAUAUUUUACAGGUGGUUCAUUUUAAGAUUGAGAUUGCCAA